AUAUUAUUUUUCAAAAAAAAUAAAAUUUUAAUCAAGGAAAAAUGGAAGGAGAUAAGCAAUUUGGCAAAGGAAGAGGAAGUAUUUUAUUAAAACUUCUAAAAGAAAAAGAAAAAGCUGAAAAUGAAGGAAUAUUACAGGGGAUAUCAUCUACAUUAAAUGCAAGUAAUAAUGCCAAAGAAUCAAAAAACCAAACAGAAUUUAAUAUUCAAUCUGUAAUUGAAAUUCCAUCAAGUUCUACAAUAGGACGUGGAAGAGCUAGUUUAUUGCAAGUAUUAAAAGAAAUGAAAUCUAGUGAAACAUUACAGCCUAAACCAAUACAAACAAUUAGUUCAGGUAGAGGAUCUUUGCUUAGUAGACUUAAAACAACUAGUUUAAAUGAAACAAUUCCUCAACAACCGAACAUUGUUAAAAAUUCUUCUGAUGAUGCAGGAGUAUUAGGUAAAUUAUCUGAUAUUACAAUACAAGAAAAUAAACCUAAAUCUGAAGCAUCACAUAAACCAAUGUCUCAUCAAGGAACUGAGGGGGAGCCAAUACAAUUGGGUGCUAACUAUAUUAACCUUAAGUUAGAUCCUGCAAAAGGACUAUUUAAUUAUGAAGUUAAAUUUAAUCCUGACAUUGAUUCAAGACCACUUCGUAGAAAACUUCUUAAUCAACAUGUACAAGCACUUGGACGAACAAAAGUAUUUGAUGGAGUAACACUUUAUCUACCACAAAAAUUAAAACAAGAUAUAAAUCUUUUUACAUCUAUACAUCCUAUGGAUGAGUCAAAAGUGGAAUUAAAAGUGAUAUAUAAAAAACAACAAAGUAUAUCUGAGAAUAUUCCAUUUUUUAAUGUAUUACUUGGUCGUGUUAUGCGAGCUCUCAGUUUAGUUCGCAUUGGUCAACAUAGUUUUAAUCCAAAAGGAAUACAUUCUGUACCACAACAUAAGUUAGAAGUAUGGCCAGGAUAUGUCACAGCUAUCAAUGAAUAUGAUGGAGGUUUAAAAUUAUGCAUAGACGCACGACAUCGUGUCAUGCGGACAGAAACAGUACGUGAUAUAAUGAUGAAGUUUGGAGGAAAACCAAAUUUUAAAGAUAUCAUUAUAAGAGAAUUAAUUGGAUUAUCAGUUUUUACAAGAUAUAAUAAUAAAACUUAUCGUAUUGAUGAUAUUGCAUGGGAUAAAAAUCCUACAUACGAAUUUGAUAAAGGAAGUGACAAAAUUUCUUUAAUAAAUUAUUAUAAAUUACAUUGGAAUUUAGAAAUAACAGAUAAAGGUCAACCACUUUUAGUACAUUGUGCCAAAAAUAAAUUAUCUACUGGUGAAACACAAGAACAAUUGAUAUUAUUGGUUCCUGAAUUGUGUUACUUAGCAAGUUUGAGCGACAGUAUUCGUUCAGAUUUUAGAGUAAUGAAAGAUCUUGAUUCAUUGACUAAAAUGUCUCCCAAUGCCCGAUGUGAUGUAUUCAGACAUUUUGUAGAACAAGUACGAAGUAAUAGUGUACCAAGAGAAAUAUUAUCUGAGUGGGGUUUAGAAUUGGAAUCUGAUAUAGCAGAAUUUACAGGUAGAGUUUUUGGACCUGAACAAAUACAAUUUGCUAAUGCAAAAUUUAUACCACCACCUGCAAAGCCUGCAGAAUGGAGUUCUGCAGUAUGUAGAAAUACUGUUUUACGAACUCCUAAUUUGAAUCAUUGGUGUGUUUUAUAUUGUCAAAAAGAUACAAGAUGUACACAAGAGUUUGUUGGUAUGUUAAAAAAUGUUGCAAAAGUUAUAGGUAUGAAUGUUAGAGAACCACAGAUGAUUUGUUUAAGAGAUGAUAGAAUUGAAACAUAUGUACAAGCAUUAAAGAAAAAUAUUGACCAAACAGUUAAUUUAAUGGUCAUUGUAUUUCCUACAAAUAGAACUGAUAGAUAUUCUGCAGUAAAAAGAGUGUGCUGUGUAGAAAUGCCUGUACCUUCUCAAGUAAUUAUGUCUAGAACUAUUUCUCGUGGUGAUAAAUUAAAGAGUAUAACAGAAAAAAUUGCUUUACAAAUUAAUUGUAAAUUAGGUGGAGCACUUUGGGCAUUAGCUAUACCUAUGGAUCAUUGUAUGAUAUGUGGAAUAGAUGUAUAUCAUUCAGGCGUUGGCCAAUCAAUGAAAGGUAGUGUAGCUGGUUUUGUAGCAAGCUUAGAUAAAUUAUUAACAUCUUGGCAUAGUAAAAUUUGCCUACAAGGUAAACAUCAAGAGUUAGUUGAUAUAUUGCAAAUAUGUUUAAUUUCAGCAAUAAAGGCUUACUAUAGACGAAAUAAACGUUAUCCAGAUCGUAUUAUUGUGUACCGAGAUGGAGUUGGUGAUGGACAAUUAGAUACAGUUGCUAAAUAUGAAGUAAAACAAUUAUUAGCAACAUUCAAAACUAUAGAAAUAAAUUAUCAACCAACAUUAACCGUAAUAGUAGUUCAGAAACGUAUUAAUACACGAUUAUUUGAAAUAUCUCCUACAGGACUAAAGAAUCCUCCACCAGGAACCAUUGUGGAUUCUCAUAUAACAAAACCAGCUCUCUAUGAUUUCUUUUUAGUUUCUCAGAAUAUACGUCAAGGUACAGUAUCACCUACUCACUACAUUGUCAUUUAUGACAAUAAAAAGAUGAAACCUGAUCAUAUACAACGAUUAACAUAUAAGCUCUGUCAUUUAUAUUAUAAUUGGCCUGGUACUAUAAAAGUACCUGCUCCUUGUCAAUAUGCACAUAAGCUUGUUUCUCUUGUUGGUCAAAAUAUACAACAAGAACCACAUUUAUCACUUGCAGACACAUUAUAUUAUUUGUGAGGUAUAUAUUACCUAUGACUGAAACAUUUUUCUAUUAAAUUGUUAAUUAAAACUAUACAAUACUCAAUACAAAUCAAAUAUAAUUUUGAUAUGAUAGAUCUCAUAUAUUUUCAUAU